UUACCCAACAGCGCAUACUCACGAACAUACACUAAACCAUUUCUCUUCUCUCUCUUUCUCUUUUCAGUUCUCUCUGACUCGCGGUAACGAAAAUUCAAUGGAAUUUUAGAGAGAGAAAGUAGAGAGAGAAAGUGUUUAGUUCAGUUGCUUCUAUCAAAGCCUCGGCUGCUUUCACAGUCAAGAGGGACCUUGGUUCCCCACAGAUGUGCCGAAAGCAAGAUUGCUGUACCUAUUAUAAGCGCAAAUCAAAUGCCAUCCCUAAAAAUGAAGAGCAAAGUAAGUGUGAGCUGUUUGACAGAGAGAAAGGAUCUUCAAAUCUGUCCGAAAUCAAAAGUAAUCUCCAAAAACUCAUGUUCUAAAAUGAUGAUUUCUGCGCAAGAUGCAGAGCUCGAUGCAACUAUUCAGAAUUGUAUAGAUGUUUCUUCAAGGACGCUACCUAAAGACAAUGCAAGUAAUCAAUCUAAUGACGGCAAAGAAUUUCUGGAAGAUGAAGACUCUGAAUCUCAACACCAAUUUUCUGUAUGUUCCUCUGUCCUGGGAAGAAUGGAACUGACCGAUCCCUGUACAGACAACUUAGAUACAAUUUUUUCUCCUGCUUUUGAGCCCAUUGAAGUCCAUUUACAACAUUAUACUGAAAAAGGGAGCUUUGGUGAUAUUAACAUGGCAGGAGUGGGAGCUGAUGAGGGAAGAAAUAUUUGUGACUUUGAAACAUGUGAUGUGUCUGACUUCUACAUUUCUGACAUGAUCAUUACAAGCUUACCCUUUUGUGGAAAUUCAUUGGAUGAUGAUGUCGGUGAAACAACCUUCCUAUCUGAUUGUGGAUCAUCCGAUCCAUCCGUGUUUUGUGCUUCAGAACAGUACAUGAUCCUGCCUGCUCAUGACGAUGAUGCUAAAGUUGGCUGCACGACAGAUAUCUUGUCAUGUGAAGAAGCCAUUAUGGUUCGUGAAAGUGCUAGCUUGUAUUCUGCUAUAGCUCAGAUAAGAUCCUGCAACCAGGAGUCUAAUGUUAAAGAUGACUUGGAUAAGGCAGAGUGCUUUGAUCCACAGUCAUUUAUCAAGAAUUUACCAGAACUAUCAGAAGUAGAAUUAAAUGGCCAGCCCACAUUGGCUCCUAAGCAAUCUCCAAGAAGAAAGUCAGUAACCCUAGUGCUUGAUUUAGAUGAGACCCUUGUUCAUUCUACGCUGGAGCAUUGUGAUGAUGCAGAUUUCACUUUUAACAUUUUCUUCAAUAUGAAAGAUUACAUAGUAUACGUAAAACAGAGGCCUUUCCUCCACAAAUUCUUGGAGCGAGUAUCAGAUAUGUUUGAGGUAGUUAUUUUUACAGCCAGCCAAAGCAUUUAUGCAAAUCAACUACUUGAUAUAUUGGAUCCAGAUGAAAAGUUUAUUUCUCGCCGUUUGUAUCGAGAGUCGUGCAUGUUUUCAGAUGGAAAUUACACAAAAGAUCUUACUAUAUUGGGUAUUGAUCUUGCAAAAGUUGUCAUAAUUGAUAAUUCACCUCAGGUUUUCCGUUUGCAAGUGAAUAAUGGUAUCCCCAUAAAGAGUUGGUUUGAUGAUCCAUCAGAUUGUGCACUGAUGUCAUUACUUCCCUUUCUAGAGACAUUGGCUGAUGCUGAUGAUGUGCGUCCUAUUAUUGCAAAGAGAUACGGUAACAAAGAAUAAGGUUUCUCCUUAGACCAAAUAUAACAGCUUUUCUACUUUUCUAGGUUUAGGAAAUUUGGCCUCUAAUUAGUUGCUAAAGGUUCCUUCCAUUCAAGUUGAAAUGAAUUAACCUAUACAAUAAACAAUUGGCUGUCUUAUUGUUACGUACACAGUUGGUUCUCUUUUCUUCUCUCAGUUGACCGAUCUGGAGUUCUCUAUUGCGCUUGAAAGGUAGUUGUAGCAAGCAUUUCCUUUACUUCUUUCACUCUAGUGUUUGUACAGUCAAAGUUUGAAUAUUAUGUGUUGUUGUACAUGAAAUUUAUCAUAUUAUGGAAUAUAGUUCUGAAAGUUACAUGUUUAAUUUUCUAUCUUGCA